UUAGUUGCGCACAAUCACUACUGACAAAACAGGUGAAUUUAUUAGUGGUAGAAGUUUUAUUCUUUUGUAAGUUCACGCAUUUUUUUUCUACCGUUUCGAGAACGAUUUAAACCUUAAGCUUUUGAAAUCUGUGUUUGUGUUCACGAUGUGAUAAAAAUAUGAAAAUCAAAGGGGGAAAUAUUUAAAAGUAAGCUCUUUCAAGGUCGUACCUUUUAUCGAAAGGCAUCGUGUUUCUGGAACGUUAACGAGGAACUUUUCUUUCGUAAGUAAUUUAAUAUUCUGGUUAAAAAGAAUCUUCCUUUUUGAAACAAAAUGCAGUUCCGAGGCCUUCAGAGUGAAUUCUUCAACUUCCUUCUUAUUGUUGUGGUGAUUUAUAGAGCAGCUUUCACACAAGAUAUACCAGUAACAAAAGGUCUUAUAGCAUGUAGUCCAGAACAGCCUCAUCUGAUUAACCAAGCUCAAGGAAUAAUCGAUGUUUUACACCCACCCAACCUCAAUGGUUCGUGUUCAUGGCUUCUAGUUUGUCCCCCUCAAAUGGUCAUUCGAAUACGCAUGCUUGACUCCUUUGGAGAAUGUCAUGAAGGAGAACUAAAAAUAUUUGAUGGGGAACUUGACCAUUCUCGUCUUCUAGGAAGAUUCUGUGGGGUUUUGUCUCGUCGAUUUUUGUUAUCGUCUUCUAGUGGUGUACUCAUACUGUUUACAUCGAGUACUCUUGAAAAUGGGAACAGUGGUUUCAGACUUUAUUUUCAACACACAACACCACCUGUGCGAUGUGAUCGUGAUCAGAUUUCUUGCCAUCAUCAUAGUAACUGUAUCUCGAGCGUUUCGGUUUGCGAUGGAGUAGAUGAUUGUGGGGAUGGUACGGAUGAAGAAAAUUGUGGUCAAAGUUCAAGUUUCGACAUGCCCUGUGGACAACCAGAUAUCAAACCUGCUCUUGGAAAUGAACGGAUUGUUGGAGGUCGUGAUGCCAUUCCUGGAAGCUGGCCUUGGCAAGUUUCCCUUCGAAUUUGGAAACUCGAACCAUUCGGUCAUUUCUGUGGUGGUGCCAUCAUUAAUCCUCAGUGGCUUUUAACUGCUGCACAUUGCUUUCGCAGGUAUUCUAAAAGGAAGUAUUGGAGAGUGCACAUUGGAAAGUACCAUAAGUUAAUUCACGAUGCAACUGAACAAAUCCGAUACGUUGACACAAUUUACUCUCACCCAGGUUUUAGAGGACUAGAACCAUGGAACGAGGCCAGAGAUAUAGCGCUAGUAAAGUUGAACGCCCCAAUCACAUUCACCCCUUUUGUCCAGCCGAUAUGUUUGCCUAAGCCUAGUUUGGAAAUUCCACCCGGUACCAUAUGUCACGUGACCGGAUGGGGACAUGCCAGAGGCACCGGUUUCGGACUACUUCUGAAGCAAGCAGCAGUACCGGUGGUACCGAGGCGGCAGUGUCAGGAAUGGUAUGGUCCCGAUUUCCGUAUCGAUGGAAAUAUUAUAUGUGCCGGUUUUCCCGAUGGCGGCCACGGUUCUUGUAACAUUCAACAAGAGUUACAGACCCUUGAACAUUCUAUGGAAAUUCGUACAGUUUGCAUGUUAUGUGUAAAGAAACAAGUUCAGGAUGAUAUCAGUUCGACUGUACGUAAUUUUGAUGAUAUAAAAGAAAGUAACUAUCCUAACAACCUCUAA